CCUCGGCAUAGUUCCUGGCAUUGUAGAGUUCGCCGCUCAGGCACAUCACGGAAUCUCCAACUUACAACAGUAAAAGAUAUUCAGCCAUGGCAACAUAUGAGACUGCGAAAGACCAAUUCGUCACGGUAGACGGCAUCAAGUUUGCAUACCGACACCUCGGCCCGAGCCAUGGUGUACCUCUGGUGCUUCUCGUGGGGUUCAGGGGGACAAUGGACCAUUGGGAUCCGGCGUUGAUCAAUCCGCUCGCCGCAAAGCGUCCGGUGAUACUAAUUGACAAUGCGGGCGUCGGACGAUCUGAAGGCGAGGUUCCCAAGAGCUUGACGGCCUGGGCGCAGUACUACGUCAAUGUCCUGCAGGCGCUAGGCGUCAAGAAAGCUGAUAUCAUGGGCUUCUCCAUGGGAGGGUGUGUCGCCCAGCUCGUAGCACUCAAUGCACCGGAUCUGACCCGACGUCUGAUUCUCUGCGGGACGACCCCAAGCAACGGAGAGGGUGUAGUUUCGGCGCCGAUUGGGCCGUUCAAUGCCCUCAAGGCCGCUGCAACGGAACAAGAACACAAGGAUGCAUGGAUUCAUGGGCUCUUCAACACUUCAGACGGUAACUGGGAAGCGGGUGAGGCAUCGUGGAAGAGAAUGAUGGCCGCGCGUCCCAAUCGAAUUGGGAAUGUCGACGCAGCCAAUGCCCACCGCCAAGCUGUUGCGUUUGCCAAGUUUAUGGGUGCGAAACAAGCCAAAGAAGCGUCUUACGACCGACUCGACCAGCUUCGUAUGCCUGUCCUGAUUGCUAAUGGAGCCGAAGAUCUGCUGUUACCGUCUGAGAACAGCUAUCUCAUGUGGAAGAAACUGAACAAGGCUAAUGCCCAGCUGCAUCUGUUUCCAAACUGCGGGCAUGGGUUUCUGUUUCAGUACGCCCAGGAGUUUUCCAAGAUGAUAAAUGAUUUCCUAGACCGUGAGGAAAAGCCACAGAGUCGUCUUUAAUAAUCGGGCGAGUAUGUACACAUGGAAACAUUAAAUAAAU